CCUAACUCUUGUGGACUCCAGACGUUGAGAGCGUCUUCUGGCUAGUACAGGCGAAAAAGCGAAUUCAUUUGAUCGCAAGACAGCAACAAUGGCACUCAAACUCCCAGUAGCAGUAAAGGAUCUGCCGGAGGAGAAGGUGAAGCAACGGACGAGUCAGGGAAUGAAUCCUCUACAGCUGCUUGUUUACACUGAACCGGGCAAUGUUCUCGUUCCCGAACCAUACAAGAGAGUAGCUGAGAAGAUUUACAAUUUCAAGUUCCGGACUGAUGACAUAGUGGUGACAACCUUCCCCAAGAGUGGUACACUGUGGACCAUGGAGCUCGUGUGGGCCAUGACUAACCUCGACCGUAUCAACGACACGCAGAAAGUGAACAUCAAUGAUCGGGUGUUCAUGAUUGAUGAUGACUUUCUAGACAUGGUCAACUUAGAGAAAGCGAAGCUGAGGUUUUCUGAACAAUGCCCCGACGCUGAACUCAAAGAAGGUGUCACUCGGCAACUCGCAGAAGCAGCUACAACACCCAGAAUCAUCUGGACUCACCUGCCUCUCUUUCUACUCCAUCCAGACCUUCUCAAAACAUGCAAAGUCGUAUACGUGGCCCGUAACCCAAAGGACGUGUGUGUCUCUUACUACCACUUCGCUAGACAACUGGGAGAACGAUUCUUCAACGGCACUUUCGACAAUCUUUUGGAUGCUUUCAUGGACAAUCACCUUUUCUAUGGGGGAUACUGGGACCACAUCCGCCAGGCGAGGCAGCAGAAGGACAACCCCAACUUCCACAUGAUGCUCUAUGAGGAUCUGAAGACCAACAUACUGGAAGAGCUGAGGAAACUUAGCGCGUUUUUGGGUCUGGAAAUCGACGAUGACACACUGCUGAAGGUGUCCGAAUACGCGAAGUUCGACCGCAUGAAGGUCAACCCCGCCAUGAGGACGAACCUGCUCAACUUCGAGGGCAACCACUGCCGGAAGGGCCAGAUCGGGGACUGGGCCAACAUCGCGACGCCGGAGAUGGACGCCAAGAUCGAGCGCUGGAUUCAAGAGAACUCCGAUGGCCUUGGCUUCACCUUCAGAUACAAGUAGAAAGAGAGUUGUUGGCCUGAAAGUUUUAUUUUUUUUUUUUAACCCACAAGCGGUUGAAAAGUUGCUCGUAUAGGCUUA